AUGAAAUGGGUAAAAGGAGAAGGAGAUAGAAGAUAUAUGGCGCCCGAUUUACUUCGAGAAAACUUUGACAAACCAGCUGAUAUCUUUAGUCUUGGACUUAUUUUACUUGAAUUAUCAACCGGUAUUAUAUUACCUGAUGCAGAUGAAACAUGGGAAUUAUUAAGAAUUGGUGACUUCUCCAAGCAAAAGAAAGCUUUGUCAAAAGUAUCCUUGGAAAUGAGUGAAAUGAUUGAAUGGUUAUUAACAACUGAAGCUAAAGAACGUCCAACGAUAAAAGAUAUUAUGUCACAUCCAUCUUUCGUUAAAAUUGAUAAUAUGCAAAAAAAGAAAAAACAUAUGUAUUAG